UAUCUACGCCGUGCAAGACCCAUAUCGGUGAUUCCAGUCCAAAUUUUGAUCAUCAUUGUUAAGUAUUGUAGGUGGAGGAAGAAAUAGCGAUGAGACUGCUGUAUGGUCUGCUCGCGUGCACCCUCUUUCUGGAUGUCCAGGGGUUCUACUCAUCCAGUGACGAUGUGAUCGAGCUAGACCCCUCCAAUUUUAAUAAAAUGGUUCUGCAGAGUGACAGCCUGUGGCUUGUUGAAUUCUAUGCUCCAUGGUGUGGUCACUGCCAGAGACUGACUCCUGAUUGGAAGAAAGCUGCCACUGCUUUGAAGGGCGUUGUAAAGAUUGGGGCAGUCAACGCAGAUCAACACAAGUCACUCGGUGGUCAGUAUGGAAUUCGAGGCUUCCCGACUAUCAAGAUCUUUGGAGCUAACAAAAAUAAACCCGAGGAUUACCAAGGUGGUCGAACCAGUGAAGCCAUAGUGGACGGGGCCCUGUCAGCUCUGCGUUCUCUGGUGAAGGACAGACUGAGUGGAAAGACAGGAGGCUCCAGCCAGGGUAGACAGAGUGGUGGAGGCAGUGGUAAGAAGGAUGUGGUGGAGCUCACAGAUGAUAACUUCGAUAAGAUGGUGCUUAACAGUGAUGACAUAUGGAUGGUGGAGUUCUUCGCUCCUUGGUGUGGUCACUGCAAGAAUCUUGAGCCGGAAUGGGCUGCAGCUGCCUCAGAGGUCAAGGACCAGACAAAAGGCAAAGUGAAACUGGGAGCUGUAGAUGCCACUGUACAUCAAGGCCUGGCCAGUCGCUAUGGGAUCCGUGGGUUUCCCACCAUUAAGAUCUUCAGUAAAGGAGAGGAACCUGAGGAUUAUGAAGGAGGAAGAACACGGUCUGACAUCAUCGCACGAGCCAUGGACCUGUUCUCAGCCAAUGCACCUCCACCAGAGAUCCUGGAGAUCCUAAAUGAGGACGUAGUAAAGAAGACCUGUGAGGAUUACCAGCUGUGCAUUAUCUCUGUGCUACCCCACAUUCUGGACACAGGUGCAUCUGGGAGAAACGGCUAUCUGGACGUGAUGAAGAAAAUGGCAGAGAAAUAUAAAAAGAAGAUGUGGGGCUGGCUGUGGACUGAGGCAGGUGCACAGAUGGACUUGGAGGUGUCUCUGGGGAUUGGUGGUUUCGGUUACCCUGCCAUGGCUGCCAUAAAUGCUCGUAAAAUGAAAUUUGCUCUUCUCAGGGGCUCCUUCAGUGAAACAGGCAUCCAUGAGUUUCUCAGGGAGCUGUCUGUUGGAAGGGGCUCCACAGCUACAGUCGGAGGAGGAGCUCUUCCCAGAAUUAACAAGGUGGAGCCUUGGGAUGGCAAAGAUGGAGAGUUGCCAAUGGAGGAUGACAUCGACUUGAGUGAUGUGGACCUGGACGAUCUGGAAACAGGAGAUUCGGGAAAAGAUGAGUUGUAAGUUCCAGAGAGAAGUUUGUUUUAAGUCAGGGGUCUUCUCCUCUCCUAUGGAAGAGGGGGAAAUGAAGAACUUCCCAGAAAUGAGAAGAAAAAAAAAAACACUCAAAACAUGGUCUGUGUCACUGAGUCUGUAACUUCCACGGCUGAUUAAUAUAACAAACUUACAACGGCUCCUAUAAAAGGAGUCAAUCCAAACUUGGCCCAGUGUCUCGCGUGCUUUGAAUGUCGGCGAGACUAUUUGAGCUCGAGUAGCUCGACAGUAUCAUUUUAAUGCAUUUUCCAAAUAAAAUGUACGGCCUUAAAUACCCCAAACGCAGCUCUCUGAUGGCUCUAUCCCACAGGAGAGUCUCUUGGCUAAAAACAUGUUAUGGUUUCUAAAACAACAGUGCUAGCUGUGACUGUAAUAGUGUGUUAAGAUCAUGCUUCUGUUUGUGCUGUUCUGUGGGAAGAGGGCAAAAAAAACGUAAUAUUGUCAUGUUUGUUUUGUAUGAAAUAGUGUG